AUGAGCAUUCCGGGAUUGCAACCGCCACCGCCUUUCCUGCCUUCGCCUGGUCAUCCGGCUGUACCAUGGGACCAGUGGAAGCAGGCCUUUCAGACGUACAUGGUGGUUUCUGGAGCUUCAGAGCUUCCAGCCGAACGUCGAAAAGCUAUCCUGCUCACAUGUCUUGGUAUGGAGGGGCAGCGGAUCUUCUCUACACUGAAGCCAGCGGACUUGCUGUCUGGCUCUGCUUCCGCUACUAGUCCUUCGAGCACAGGUGACGCCGGGUCGACGAAUGACGCGUAUGACUCUGCAAUCGCCCUGCUUUCGGACCAUUUCAAGCGUUCAGUCAACGUCAUCGUGGCUCGACAACGGUUCAGUCGCCGUGCUCAGCAUGCAGGGCCCCGCCCGGCUCUGGACAAGCUCACUAUUCCUUCUAGUAGGCAUCCACGACACGUGGACACCAUACGAGUACCGAUCCGACCCCAGGCUGGCCCUCCAGGCCCCUUCAGAAAUCCGAAGCGGCGCGGCGCCGCGCUAACCCUAACGCGCCGCGCCUGCACCUCCGUAAUGCAGCGUCUCGCCGAGCCCUCGGUACCACCGACAACAAAUGAUGCCCCACCGGUAAGCCCAGCCUCCUGUUGUGCCACUGCCGCUGCCGUACCUACGCUGUCAUUGUCUGGCAACGUCAGCAGGCCCACGCCGACAACCGUCGAUCAACCGGCAGCGUUCCCCAACAGCCUGCACGCUCCAGCAACGUGCAACGCUGGAAGCGUCCUUGAGACUCCCAGCUCAACCACGCUACCUCCGGAUCCCAAGAGCGUCAAUACUGCGUCGGCGUCGCAGUCGGCCGCGCAUGAUGCUGUUCCCACCGGAUCUUCGCCUGGAAUACUCAAGGAAAAUUCUCUGUGUGCCGACAAGUCCGUUUUGAAGAGCGGCGUUCCUCUCGUCCCCACAGUUUUGCCCUCCACUAUUGCGGCCGACGACUCUUCGACAGAAAUGGACUUCGCGGCAUCCCAAGGAAACGAAGAUAAUACCUCAUACCCUGAAGGCAGCUGGAACACCGUGAGGGCCAACCGGAAACCUGCUUCGAUCGCCCGACCUCGCACCGAGCUCAUCACCGUCGGUAUCCAACUUCCACCCGGGACACUCACGCCCAAACUACCUCUAUACGACUUGCUUGCUUCCAUCAUCGCCGCCGCAAACCUCUCGCCCAAGACCAGCGCGGAAGUCACCCUUCAGGCCAAACCAGCUCAGAGCCUUGUGUUCCUGAAAACACACUCCCCUCUCACUGCCCACCUCCUCCUCUCUCUUACGAAUAUGGAACUUAACGGUAAGCCGAUCACCAUCAAGCCAUAUGCACCCAAUCCUCCCAUCUCAUGCCUCGGCGUCAUACACAACGGCACCGUGCUCACCAAUGCCCUCAGCACAGCGUUGCGGCCAAGUGCCGCCGCUGUGCAGCGCUUCUGCCCGCAGAUCCUGCUGCUCACGUUUGUGCCCAACCCUGGUGUAUCCAUUGCCAAGUCAAUACUCAUUCAUCUCUCGACUCCACCUGCCCUUUCCUCCUUGCUAAGCAGCGGGAGUGUGCCAAAGCCGCUUUUCUCCGUCGCACAGCCUUGCGCCGAACCACCCAGCCAUGCCCGCCCUCCUCUUCGACGCAUGAAUUCCGUUCACCCCCCGCAACAUCCACCCCGGGAUCCUACGCCGCUAAAGUGA